AUGUUUGUGCGCAUACCAUUGAUCUGCCUGUGCAUCGAUGAGAAAAAGUCCGAUCAUCGAAAUAGGUAUAAUUGCGGCUUCGGCUCGGUGCCGCGGGCCGGCCGGCCGGCGCGUUCGGAUUUCCCGAAAAUUGCGCGCGAACGCAAAAAGCGCGCGCUUUCGGAAAGGCGCCGCGUCCGGUCGCGGGCGGGGCCCGGCGGAAAAGCGAACAAGACA